GUUCAGUAUAAAACGGUAGGAUCCAUUUGAACUUGACACAUCCCUUUCAGAACAGUAAACCUCACACAAAAUCUAAAUACUUCUUCCAGACAUGGGUUGGACAUUCGCUGCCAUUUGGUUUGUGUGCGUGUUUGUGUGUGAGUGCUGGCCGCUGCACGAGUCUGAUCCUUUAAUGCAUGGAGAGAUCCAGUCCCCUCAGCAUCUCCAGCCUAACCGAACCGUAACUGAGUGUGGAGAACCUGAACCUCUGCUGAAUGGGGGGAUGACCUACCUGUCUGAUUUUCAGAACCAGAACGGCGCUGUUGUUCAGUACUUCUGUAAUGAACCAUUCUAUUCCCUCCCUGGGGACGCAAACACUAUAUUCACCUGCGGAGCAGAUGGAAAAUGGAAAUCCAGCCACGACAGUGUUGUCACUCCUACAUGCAUAGCAGUUUGUGGUCGGCCAACACAACACCUCUCUGCCUAUCAGAGGAUCAUUGGAGGCGAAGAUGCUCCAGACAAUACCAUCCCCUGGCAAGUGCAAGUGAAAUAUAUAGGAAGUGGAGGAGGCAUGGUGAUCGCAGACCGCUGGAUUAUGACUGCAGCUCAUGUCGUAGCACAAGAGGGAACACCUGAAUUUAACGACACUAUACGGAUUUAUAUGGGACAUACUGAUCAGACCUUGAUGGUGUCUCCUGUUUAUGCUGCCUCAGUCCACAUUCAUCCUGAUUACAACAACACCAAGAAUGUACAGUACAACAACGACAUUGCCUUAAUCAAACUGCAAGAUCCGAUCACAUUCAACUCAUCAGUUAUGCCCAUAUGUUUGCCAGCGCAGAAUGCCACAUAUAUCACUGGCGAGAUGGGACUGGUGGCAGGCUUUGGCACUACGUCUGUCUACAGCCGUCCAGCAAACAAUUUGCAGUACGUGCACCUCCCUGUGGUGGACCAGGAGACAUGCAUUGAUUCAUUUAGUUCAUAUAUGCCGAGAUGGAACAAAGCACGAAUCCUGACAGACAACAUGUUUUGUGUUGGACUUCCUGAAGGAGGAAAGGACUCUUGUCAAGGUGAUGGUGGAAGCCCAUAUGCCCUGAGGGACAAUGAACGUUUUUGGGUUGCGGGGAUCGUCAGCUGGGGGGUUGAGUGUGGACGACGGGGAACAUAUGGAGUCUACACCAGAGUCGCCAACUACCUGGACUGGAUCAUGAAGACCAUGCAGGAGAACUAAGAUUUACUAUAUUAAAAUUUGUUCAGUCAAUUUUUAAAAAACAAGAAAGAAUGAUGACAAUGAAAUGAUGAAAAGUA